AUGAGUCCGAAGUCUAACCCUCCGGUCUCGGAAGGCCGCCCCGUUCCGGUGCCCGUCCCGGCCCGGACCAUUUCUCGGAACAGCGAUAGUGAAGAGGAUAUCAUUGACCGCGCUGAGUUCGAGGCCCUUUCGAGGUCGCUGACGACCGGUGCGCAGUUCUUGCAGCCCGAGUCGCUGGAGAGUGCUAUGCUGAGGCCGUCUUCUUAUAAAGAUGAAGAUGAGACGGAGGAUGGGAGUGAGAUUUCAGAGGAUAUGGAUAACCCGCGUCCUCAUGAGGAAACUCCUCUUAUACACCACAAUAGCCAUUCCCGACGCCAUUCGAUCACGGCGAGAUCUACUACCUCGACUUUGGCUGAUACGUCCUACUCACCAUACUUAAACGGCGUCUCACCUGCACGCUUCUGGUUCAUCUUCUCUCAGAUCCUUGCUGCGUACUUCAUCUCCUGUUUCGACAGCACAAUCAUGGCAAGCAGCCACCCAGUCAUAACUUCAUACUUCAACGCCUCCAACUCAGCCUCCUGGCUCUCCACCGCCUUCCUGCUCACCUCGUCAGCCUUCCAGCCCCUCCUAGGCCGUCUCUCCGACGCGCUGGGCCGAAAGCAACUCUUCGUUUUCUGUCUGGGCAUCUUCGCCGCUGCAAUCGCAUGGUGCGGUCUGGCUGGCAGCAUCGAGAGCUUCAUCGUGGGCCGAGCGUUCUGCGGAAUCGGCGCAGGAGGCGUCAUGACGCUUGGAUCCAUCAUAGUGAGCGACCUCGUGCCCAUUGAGAACCGCGGCGCCUACCAGUCGUACAUCAACAUCAACUACGGGAUAGGGUCGAGUCUGGGAGCGGCCGCGGGAGGGUUCAUGGCAGACUAUCUCGGCUGGAGGAUGGAGUUUAUGGUGCAGGUUCCACCGCUGCUUAUCUGCAUGGGAGUUGCGUGGGUGGCUAUCCCGGAUGAUUUGGGCAUAGAGGGGGAGAGGAAGGGUGUGUGGCAGGCUCUGAGAGAGUUUGACUUCAGGGGCUCUUUGCUGUUGACUACGGCUAUCACGUUUGUCAUUUUGGGACUAAACCUUGGAGGCAAUGUCCUGCCGUGGUCGCAUCCCUUCGUCAUUUCUUCACUCAUCAUAUUCACCGUCUCAUUCCCCCUUUUCCUCUGGGUUGAGUCCUGGGUUCACAAGCCCAUCAUUCCUCUCCAUCUGCUAAACCGAUCACCACGCGCCAAUCUGAUCUUUAGUAAUGUCGGUGCUGCAGUGAUAGCAAACUCGAUCCUUUUCAACAUUCCCCUCUACUUCCAGGCCGUUCUCCUUACGACCGCUACCACAUCAGGCCUUCGCUUGAUCAUUCCCACAAUCGCAGCUUCUGCUACAGGAACUUUUGUAGGAUUCGCAGUUACCUACACAGGUAGACUCAAAUGGCCUGUCCAGAGCGGCACCAUCUGUAUCCUUGUCGGAACCAUCGGUCUCGCCAUGUUGAGGCGAGACCUACCCUCAUGGGUAUAUCUCCUAAUCCUGAUCCCCUCAUCCAUCGGCCAGGGCUUCCAAUUCCCCGGAACCUUCAUGGCCAUACUUGCCGCUUCCAAACCAACCGAACAAGCCGUGGUCACAUCCACGCUUAUGCUCUGGCGCAGCCUGGGCCAGAUCUUCGGUAUCGCCAGUAGUUCACUUGUCGUCCAGAACGCACUGAAACACUACCUCAACCAGUACGUGACAGGAGAAGGCCGCGACGAAAUCAUUCGCCGCGUGAGAGAGUCCGUUGAGGAGGUUGCCAAGCUUGAGCCCAAGUACCGUGAGCAGGUCAUUCUUAGCUACGAAGCGGCGCUGCGGCUGACUUUCAUAUGCUCCAUCAUGGUGGCGUUUGUGUCGGUCUUAUUGAUUGUGCCUAUAAAGCUGCCCCGUCUUGGAGUGAGAAAACACAAAUAA